UUGCAAUGUGCAGUCAGCCCAUCUCUAACUGACUAUGAGUCGUUCGUGUACCGCAACAAAAGAAAGUUAGCAAUUUUUUGGGCUGGAACGCGAAUAUAAAUUUAUUUAUUUUUCUUCGACAAUUUUACUUCAUCAACAACAACUACGGCAUCGAAGUGGUCAUCAUCAAACGCUGAGGAGGCGGCGGCUAACGAACGCACACCGCUCAUGGACGCCCACGUCAGUGCCUCGACAUCGUCACCGGCGACGGUGGCAGUAGCAGGCGAAGAUGAGAACCUGAGCGGCGAGGCCGAGCGUUUGGAACGUCCUCCAAGGCGGCAGAAGCAACAACGGAAUAACUAUGGCUCCAAUGCAGAUUCACCAGAUGGCGCUGUUCUUACAGUGCCGAGCGUCGUCAUACGUGACUCAACCGCACGACCUUCAAGACUGUCUGGGGGAGGAGUUGGUGGUGGUGGAGAUGGAGCACCUGGGCCAUCACAACAGGAAAUUGAAGAGGAGCAGGGCUUGAAAUAUGGUGCCCAACACGUUAUUAAAUUAUUUGUGCCCGUUUCGCUUUGCAUGCUGGUCGUUGUGGCUACCAUUAACUCAAUAAGCUUCUACAACAGCACGGAUGUCUAUCUCCUCUAUACGCCUUUCCAUGAGCUGUCGCCGGAGCCGAGCGUUAAGUUAUGGAAUGCGUUGGCCAACUCAUUGAUCCUCAUGAGCGUCGUUGUGCUGAUGACCAUACUGCUUAUUGUACUGUACAAGAAACGCUGCUAUCGUGUCAUCCAUGGCUGGCUUAUACUCUCGUCCUUUAUGUUAUUGUUCAUCUUUACGUACUUAUAUCUGGAGGAGCUGCUGCGUGCCUAUAACAUUCCAAUGGACUAUCCCACGGCAGUGCUGAUCAUGUGGAACUUUGGUGUCGCCGGCAUGAUGGCCAUCCACUGGCAAGCACCACUGCGUUUGCAGCAAGGCUAUCUGAUAUUUGUAGCCGCUCUGAUGGCCUUGGUGUUCAUCAAGUAUCUGCCGGAAUGGACGGCUUGGGCUGUGUUAGCAGCCAUCUCAAUUUGGGAUCUUAUUGCUGUGCUGUCGCCGCGUGGUCCGUUGCGAAUUUUGGUGGAAACCGCCCAAGAGCGCAAUGAGCAAAUCUUUCCCGCUUUGAUUUAUUCGUCCACGGUUCUUUACACCUACAUGGGCACACAUUAUACGCCAGAGCAGCCACUGCCAACAACGACAUCUUCGCCAUCCUCCAGCAACUCAACGACAACAACGCGCGCCACACAAAACUCGCUUGCCUCACCGGAUCCAGGAGCAGGUGCAAGCAGCAGCUCACGUUCAGGUAAUUCGCGGCACGGCCAGCGACAGCAGGAGAAUAAUCAGGCGGCAGCUGAAGGUAUGCCACUUGUGAGCUUUAAAAACAAUUUGCACGGAAACGCUGAGGCGGCUGGCUUCACACAGGAAUGGUCGGCAAAUCUGAGCGAUCGUGUUGCACGUCGUCAAAUCGAGGUGCAGACUACACAGAGCGGCAAUGGACGUCGCUCGAAUGAGUAUCGCACGGUCACAACGCCUAAUCAGCCGCAGAUGGAGGCGCAGGAGGAACGUGGCAUUAAGCUGGGACUGGGCGAUUUCAUUUUCUAUUCUGUACUUGUGGGGAAGGCCUCCAGCUAUGGCGACUGGACGACAACAAUUGCCUGCUUUGUGGCCAUCCUUAUUGGCCUUUGCCUGACGUUGCUGCUCUUGGCCAUUUGGCGCAAGGCUUUGCCCGCUCUGCCAAUCUCAAUUACUUUUGGCCUGAUAUUCUGUUUUGCCACCAGCGCUGUGGUGAAACCAUUUAUGGAGAAACUGUCUGCCAAACAGGUGUUUAUAUAAUAAUGACGGUGGAAUUUAACACACACUAAUCCGUGUCCUAGUAUUCUGUGUAAUCAUAGUCUAAAACAAAAACCAACAAAUCCUUUUACAAUACAUUUCUUUAUUUAACAAAGCGUAAUAACAAACAGAAAA